GGUUACCACAUCACUUACAGUAAAGUGGGGGAAGGGAGAGGGGAGGGGAUUAUCCUGAAGUAUAUUUACCAGGUACACUAAAAGUGAGGAGAUUGAAAGGCUCUCACAGGAGCUAACCCACCUGUAUAGCAAGCCAUAGGAAUAGGGAUGCUUCGAACAUCACCGUUGUAAGAUCGUGGUCUACAGGUAUAGCUGCCUCGAAGGCUGAUAGUGUAAUGCCAAAUAUCGGUAGGGCCCAUCUGCAUAUCAAGCUAGAGCCUAGAUCGUUGAUCUCAACCGAGACCGUGGCUUCGGCUCUAGUGCUGUGGUGAAGGCAGAAGCUAGGCAACUCGACGAAAACUUGGAGAUGAGAUGGGUUGCUCACAGAUACAGAUAGUGUCUUUCUCCCUUUGCCGUUCGUGUUAUUGUUUUUCAUAUUGGGUGUUGGCUUAAACUUCAACCUACUUCAAUUUUUCGAAACAUCAGCCCAGGGAACUGUCGGGGUAUACACUUACAUGUGAUAAUACUUCAUCGAUCAAUGCUUUGCUAUUUUGAGGUCUGAUUCACCUCAAAUUAUUGUCUGCAUACCAGUGGCUGUCUUUGGAUGAAGCUAAGCAAUGAGAACAUAAGCAAUAUCAAAUGAAGGGCAAUAAUUUCAACCAAUUGAUAGGUGGACGAGACUGUUUGGCUAAAGGCGGUCAAUGCAAAUCGCUGCUGAGCGGGUGCGAUCGGGCAAACGGCUCACUUCAGUUACUGCAAAUUCUUCCACUCGCGACUUUGAACACACAACCACAAACAAAUUCCCACUUUCGACGUUUUCACCAAGAACUUCUCCUAGAAUUCAAAAAUUUCCGCAGCAUCAUCCUUGAUUUUUUCCGAUCCUUGGCAAAGCUACGAGAGACGUGGAAGUAUCACAAAAUUACCAAGCUUUAUAACUUACGAAAUAUCAUCCAUCAGGUCUAGUUCCUUCCUCUAACAACUGGAGAACAACAAGGCACGAUUUGCUCAACAUGGCGAAGAAACGCCAGAAGACUUCGCGUCCAGCACCAUGUGUUGAAGAUGGAUCCGAUUUAGAGGAUGAAGAUGGCAAUGGUGGUAUUGAUUCAGACGAUCAAGCACCAGGUCUUCAUGAUCAAAAGAGGAGAACCGAUGAGAGUAAACAGUGGAACACCCUCAGCUUCGCGGAGGGAAUCGACUCAAGUCUUCCUCCACUUACUACUGCCACGGAAUUUAUGGAGAUCUUGCUUGAAAGAUUGUUGAAUGGGGGAUUCAAAGACGUUAUAAAGCACCUCAAUGGUCGGCCUUUGCGCGUCGCCACCGCAUGUUCCGGCACUGAAGCACCCAUCCUGUUUCUGAAUUCUUUUUCCGAAGGAUUAAGGAAAAGAGGUCAUGACUUCAGAAUUGAGCAUGUCUUCUCAUGUGAAAUUGAUCCGGCUAAACAAUCUUACAUUCGUCGAAACUUUCAUAAUGUUCCUAUUCUACGUGAUAUCACAGAAGUCUUCGAGUGGGAGGGUAACCCUGAAAAGAUAGGUUUUAUGACUACCGCUUUUGGUAGAACUUAUGCGCUUCCAGCACCGGGUACAGUUGACGUUAUCAUCGUUGGUACUUCUUGCACCAGCUAUUCCAAUUUGAACAACCAAAAGAGUACGGACUUGGAGAGAGACCAAACUGAGUCAUCGCGCACUUUCCGCGCAUAUGUUUUGCUUGUUAAGUAUCUAAAAGCAAAGAUCGCUAUCAGCGAAAAUGUCCUGAGUGGCCCUUUCGAGGCUAUGAUUAAAAUGCUGGGCGAUCACGGUUACAUCGGUGGCUCAGCAAACCUCGACAGCAAGCAUUAUGGCAUUCCCCAAACCCGCCAACGCGGUUAUCUCAUUGCCCUCCCUGAAUCCUCUCUGGGACCCGAUGAGAUAGAAGAGUAUAAACUUAUAAAGACAUGGAAAAUAUACUAUGCUAACAUGAAAGUCAUGUGUUCGCGCCCUGCUAGCAGUGACGCUGAGCAGUGGAUGGAGCCAUCUGAUUCAAAGGCACUCCGGUCUCAGGUCGAAUUUCAAGUUGAAUCACGUGCGGUCGCAAAGUGGGAUACGUGCUGUGCGAGGCAUUUUGAUUAUCGCCAUGCACAGGGCUUCGGUACUUCUAAGCCUAUUACCGAUUGGCGCAGUGCGGGCAACUAUUGUCAUCCUGAUAAUUGGCCCCGUAAUCUUAAAGGCUUUGUAGAACGUGUUCACGACGUUACUGAUGUCAGCCAUUUGCGUGGCAUAUGCCGAGGUUAUGAUGACCGUUACCUCAGUCGAAACAUCGAUUUGUCACAAAACGUUUAUGUUCAGCACGAUAACGUGAAGUGCGGUCUAUUGCCUUGCUUGACACCAAACGGUGUCAUGUUUAAUACUGCACGUGGUAGCAAGCUUACUGGUGAAGAAUAUCUUCGCCUCCAGGGAAUUGAUACUAAUAGUCUUGAACUUGGUGGUAUUUCUCAACAAGACUUGAGAAACCUUGCUGGCAAUGCGAUGACAGUCACAGUGGUUGGAAGUGUAACGACGUUCGCGCUUCUUAAGUACUUCUCAAAGCUCACUCCAGGCGAUGGCGUCAAAAUUCCAGCCCAGGACAUAGUGAAACAGAGUUUCCGUGGCGGAGAAGACAUGCUCAACUCAUAUGAAGAUAUUACGGUUGUUCGGCGGCCUUUGACUUUUGGAGAAUGUGUUCAUCUCGUCGAGUCUUCUGCAAAAUACUGCUAUUGCGAAGCACAAACUGAUAUAUCACGAUCGUCAAUUGUCAAAUGCAAGAACUGUGGGCAUGUUUCAUGUACUAACUGUGGGAUUAAGCCGCGUCAUGCCUAUGAGCCUUUGGAUCUCUACAUUGGCCCUCGAGGUACCAAGGGUAUUACUCCUCGUAUUUCGCCUUCGUCCAUCGAGUUCAAUAUUGCUGAACGUCUGCCAAUGAUGGUUUCAAUAUCAGGGUUGUUCGCCUCGGACUGCCAAGUGUUAUCGAUUCUCGAAGAAGUUGCUACUGGUGACAUUGAUCAUAAUCAGUGGGCUGCCUUGCGUAAUUCUUUUUUAAAUUGCCUACAAUCCAUAGUCAAGUUUCAGAAGCCGGUCCGAUCUUUUGCUUGGAAUUUUACAUGGCUUUCGGAGCACGCCAGAUUGGAGUUAUCUCUUAGCAACGACAAGAUUCAAUGGGUUCUGUACGCUUUGCCACCUCCUACGGCGGCUGUUAACAGUUCGUUGAGGAGAUAUCUUACAAAAUUUCCUCUCGCAAGAACAGUCCCUAUUAACGCGUCUGAUGACAGCUCAAGAACCAUAUUCGAUUGCACAUGGCAGAUAUGGCAGCCAAAGAUUCGCACCGCUCAGGCGACUAUCAGCUAUGGAGGCGACCUCAUUUCGACUUACGAAAGCUCAAUCGAUCUUCCUGCCUGGAAAGGAGAUUUUAUAUUCUCAAAGAAAACCAUCCAGGUCCUAGAUGAUCAUCCCGCGUUCGGGGAAAUCAAUGGUGUUUAUAUAGCGCAUCCGGAAUGUCAACAGGCUUUUAAUAGCUACCAUUCCAAGAAUGGCACUGCCGGAGGAGAUAAUCAAAUACAUUUUUUCUUCGAUCAUGAAGGAGGCACAGGGGACUGGAACAAGCAUGGGUUUGUCUUCACUUACGAUCAAACACGCAAAGAAUUUGGAGUAUGCAGACAAAUCAUUGCUUCGCUUUGCACCUCGUGGGAACAGCCCAUAGCAAAAAAACUUAAUGGUGCUACUUAUCAAUAUGGAGAUACCGUGUACAAAAGUCUUCCCUUGCUAAAAGAAGGAAUGAGUGAAGUUGUCGAGAUUACCUCCUUUGGGAGCUGGACCACAACACCCGAAAUCAUCAGUCCUAUGGCUACCAAGUUGUCUGACCGAUCUUCUAUGGUUGUCUACGAAAAGUUCAACUCACUUAAUCCAAAGCUUCUUCUCGAGACUGAUUGCAAAAACAUGCUUAGUGCAUUUUCUUGCAAAGCAUAUACGAAUGUUAUACCUCCUUAUUGGGAACCAGAUCAUUGGAUCAACGUCACUAAGCAAAAUGGUACCCAAUUUUUUAAGGGCUGUUACCAUCUGUUAGCUCGUGGCUUGGUUACUCCAGGAAUCGAUGAGGCCGAUCCGCCUUGGAUUCCAUGCAACAAACAAGGCGACUCUUCAUGUCGGUGCGACGAUUGUGCACCACCCAAGCCAGAUAUGCUAUGGCAUUUGAAGAGAAGCGGGCAAAGAAUUCAGCAAACCCCAUUCGAAAAUCCACCAGCAGCUGCGAUCUUUGAGACUUUAACAAAGAAUGCGCCGCCGUCAAUGCAGCAAUGGGUCAGAUUCCUCAGGAAAGAUGCCUUCUUUCAAUUCGAGUAUCAAUUCCUUAUCUGUCCCGCGGUUUUGUGUCAUCAAGCAGCUGCGCUUCUUAAUUUGUUUCCACGCCCAGAGAUUCCUGUGCACCUCUCGUGGCGUUUCCUUCCUGGAGCUUGGGGAAGCAGUAAAUUACCAACGCGAAUGUUUUCAUAUUUCAAUACAGAAACCUUAAAGAUGUCAGAACAGCCAAUUACAUUUGUUCCAGGAAAGAAGCUCCGCAAUGAGCAACUCAAAACUCUGACAUGGAUGGUAAAGCAAGAGAGGUGCCCACCGUCUUUCAUGGAGAGAGAAAUUGUUGAAAUUUGUCAAAAUGACUUGGCAUUCAGACUUGAAGGCCGAGCUUCUCGAAUAGUAAAACACCGUGCUGGACUAAUUGCUGCUGCCGUUGGAUAUGGCAAGACGGUUCUUACUUUUGCUUUAAUGGGCAGGCAGCGUCGUAUGGAUCGCCUAUGGGCCAACAACCCUAAUAUCAAUGGUCAAAUUCAUGUCAAAGCAACGCUGGUUUUGGUUCCAACGCAUCUGACUAUACAGUGGCGAGAUGAGGGAUGCUCGUUCAUUGGUUAUGAUGCUAAGGAUGAUGCAAGAAUUAUAACACUCAGAUCAUUUACAGACGUUAGGGCUCUGACUGUUGAAGAUGUUCGGAGAGCAGAGCUAGUAAUUUGCAGCUCUGCCUUGUUCGAUAAUGAAGGAUACUUGAAACUCAUGGCGAAGAACGCUGGAGUUGUUAAUUUGGCCAAAGGCGCGACUGACAGAGCCAAGGAAGCUUGGUAUCUUAAUGCUCAGAAAGAGAGACGGGAGCUCUUGGCGUAUCUUUUGGAAAGGCUCCCAAUGGAAGUAGAUGAGAACGACAAAGCAGCUCCUGCCCGAAACGCUAAAAUUAUCAAGAACUUCAACAAGAAGACUUUUCAGAAAUACAAGAAAAAUGUUGCGGAUGCUGGGGUUAAUGAGCCACAUAUUCCUUCAAUGCGGCGUAAGGGCGCAGAACUUGUUAAAUAUCUCAUGGAGGAAGCCAAGAAGGAUUUCAAGGGCAAGGGCAAACCCAGAACUAAUGUCUUGAUUGAUGAGGCAGAUGCUGAGAAGACGUUCGAGUUCCACUACUUUGAAGAUGAUUGUGUUGAUGGCCUUACUGGGGUAUGUUUGUCAGAUUUUGCCUGGUCUCGGUGCGUCAUAGAUGAAGUUGGCUACAUAACCCGCAGGAAUAUGCAGGUGGCUAUAUAUUCACUGACAGCUCAAUCCCGGUGGGCCUUGUCAGCAACACCUGAUAUUGUUGAUUUCAAAUCGACUUCAAGAAUUGCCCGGUGCCUUGGUAUUAAUCUCGGUGUCGACGACCAGGAGACACUCCGCAAUGAUAAGAAUUUGACUAGCGCGGAAAGGUUUUUAUCCUAUGGACCUGACGCAUCGGCAACCUGGCAUUCUCAAAGACUCCAAGUUGCUCAAGAUUUUUGCGAUACUUUCAUCCGCUACGACGCGAAAAAGGGAAAUGGACAAUACAAUCGCCUUCACCGUUUCACUGUAAUGCCGUUUGCCACAGCACAGUUGGCAUGUUACCUCAUCAUGAGAGCCGACGUUAUUAACAAGAGCUACAUGAUGCCAAGAGCUAAAGCUAACACCAUUCGAAGUUCGGUCAAAUUGGAAAUCUCAAAAGUUUAUGGUAAGGAUACAGACGGUCGACUGAGAUUAACCAAAGCCGCAUCAUUCUUCCCGGAGCACGCUAGAAAGGAUACAAAAUAUAAACUUAAGACUAUCAAAGACUUGAAAGCAGCCGCGCUCAAUGAAAUCAAUGCUUCGAAAAACUAUUUGCGCCAACAGAUGGAGCUACUCGAUUAUUUGGUGACAGAGAAAUUAGUCUUCAAGGAUGCCCAACUGGUUCUUAGAUAUAGGAACUGGGAAACUCAAGUUUUAGCCGGAUAUCGUUACCCCGACCCCGACGCUCUUCUUGAUAUCCUCCAAGUUGUCAAAGGCGUUCGAAGGACAAAGUCUAGUAAGACCAAAGAUGACUUUUACUAUGAAAAUCCUGGUCCUGCUUAUGGUCGCCGUCUCUGGCCUUCUCAAACUGAGACAAUCAUGCACAACGGUCGCAAAACGCUUGGUCUAAUUGCCGAAUUUAAGAUAGGGCUCAUCGAAUUAAACAAAACUGCUAUGGACCUUAUGCAAUUUAGAGCGGAUUAUCGCUAUUAUAGGUCUGUGGGGCAGAUUGACCAAGCUGGUAGCGUAACACCUGCAGGAAGUCUCACUUGUAACUGUUGCAACAAGAGUACACCUUUGUACGAAGCAGUCAUUCAAGGUAGCUGUGGCCAUAUCCUAUGUAGGAAAUGCAACGAAACCUCAUCGGAAGGCAAUUGCCCAAUUGAACACUGUGCUGCGCAAUCACUAGAUGACCAAAAGUACUUGGCGUCAUCCUUAUAUUCUUCGGCUGGAAAAUUUCCCGAGCGCAAAGAACCAGGAACUAAACCCGACGAGCUUUCACUAUUCUGGAAUAACCCAAGUGUUCGAGUCGACAAGCUGACAGCUAUGCGGUCGAUCUUCUGGAAGCACGAUGACGGCAAGAAUAAAUUCAUUGUAUUCAGUCCCCUACCAGAGUACUUGCUCAUUGCUCAGCAAAUGAUGGAAGCUGAUGGUGUUCCUUGUAUCAACCUGAAGGGCAAGAAGAAGGAUGUCGCUGACUAUCUUGAAAACUUCAAGCAAAAUAGAGGCAUGCGAUUCAGGGAUGACAAAAAACAGGCCAAGCCCAGAACACCUGCACAAAUCAAAGCGGCAGAAACUAGAGCUGCAAAAGCAAAAGCGGUAAAGGCUACAAAGGCUACAAAGGCUGCGGAAGUGACCGGUGUCCCAGUUGAUGCUGAUGCUAUUUCUGGUGGUGCGGCACCGGCUUCUUUUGAGCUAAGCAUUCGGGUUAAUCCAAAUUCUCAAAUCCCCCAAAAGAGAAAGAGGAAAGCUAUGGCUACAAAAGGUAAAGCUGCAGAAGUUGAAGUAGAAUCUGUUGGUAUUGCACCAGUCGAUAGUGACACUACUCCGGUCGAAUUCACGCCAGCUUCUGUCGAGACAAACAUUCAGGUCAAACCAGCCUUUCAAGGGCCCCAAAAAAGAAAAAGAAAUGAUUCUGUCGACAACACUCUAAUGGAUCCGGUUUCCAAAGUUCGCCGUGUUACCUUACCAGAUUCAGUUGAUCCAACGCCAGUUGCUUCAGAGUCCACACUUGUUUCAGAUUCUCAAGGUGCUUCGGUCGGCCACGACGACGUGGUGAGCAGUACACAUGCCGAUCUUGAGACCGAGCGGAGAGCUGAGCUUGAUACUGCUUUUAAUUCCGAUCCUCCUGCGCCAAUUGCAACACAAACCCCUUACUCAACUCAUCUUGUGCCAAAUAUAACAAUACAGCCCCAAUUAAACGCUGAGGAUUAUAUGAUUACGACUAAAUUGGGACAUGAGGUUGAUCAUGCUGGAAAUAUUAUUUACGCGGAUCAGGAUAACCCUAUUCAAGCUCGUGAACUCAUUGAUGAUGAAAAUGCAGCUUAUGAUGCUCCUCCGCCCUCAUUCCCUGUCUCAAAUCCUACUCGAUCUGCGAAAGAGACAAAAAGGGCUAUAAAGGCAUGGAUAGCUGGCAACGAGAAGAUGAUUCAAUAUCCACCACUUAAUUCUUCUGAGCUCGAAGACAUUAAGGAAGCCGCUGCUCCUGAAGCCCGCAUACGUAAUGCUCUCGCAGACGAUGUGCCUGUAGAUUGGACUCGCGUUGGCAAGGAGGCGUUUGAUCCUGAAGACUUUGCUGAGAACCCUGAUCCCACCGCUCGUAUCUUGUUUCUCGACAUUGCCGACGAGUCUGCUGCCGGAUCCAAUUUAACUGUCGCUCAGCACAUCAUCUUCUUGACUCCUUACUUUGCCGAAAAGCAAAAGUACAAUUCUUCAAUGACUCAGGCAAUGGGUCGUGCAAUUCGUCAAGGUCAAGCACCAGGUAGCACUGUGACUGUUCAUCAUCUACUUGUUCAGGAUUCUGUCGAGACUGAUAUUGCUUUUCAACUUAUGGAUGAUCAAUUUCCAGGAAGGAUCAAUGCAACGCAUUUACUUUCUAAACAUAAAUCUAACAUUGAACCUGCCUUUUUCAACAGAUAGGCUAAGCUGUUAGGCUCAUGUUGUUUCUGCACGGUCUCUCUCUUCGUCGACCAUGUUCAAACUGCAAAUCUGCUAUACAAUACCGGCUAGUGUAUGCUCUAACAUAUGUGUACGAACGCUAUUUACUCAGUCUGUAUACCUCAGAGUUCAAGUCUUACUCACUCACUUCCUUUGGUCAAGCUACAUAAGGGAUACAUGGAUUUAGAUCGAGUAGAUCAUUCAAAAUUACACGAGAGAAUUUUUCAUUCGAGGUGGCUACUUUCGAGAUUUUCAUUUCAUUUAUUACUCGCAAGGGAUUGGUUGAUUGUUUCACAGGUUGCAGUAGUGAGGGCGGUAGUAAUCACUUCAGUGUUCUUCAAAAAGAGGAGUUUGUCUUUCAAAUGUAGUAGAUAGUAUGAAUUCUCAGAUUAGUAUUAGUCAGUUUUGUCUUCGACGUAUGUCGUGGACUAAUGUUCAGAUAUCUCGUUUCUAGACGAUGAGAAAGGAUACUCAUUUCAUUUGUUUUUAGCUAUUACGAGACUUCUUCCAGUCGCAUAAAUGCUUCCAACAGAAAUAGAAUAAGAAUCAUGGAUUUUUAUAUUAAAUAGAACCGACUAACUUUACA